AUGGAGGAUGAAAAUGAUGCCAUUGCCCGAGUGAUGCUGGAAUCGGAGUAUAAGGCUUGUAGAGCGGGGGCUUCAACGGCGUCAAUAUACAAAGGUGGGGAGGGCAUUGAACUGAAUACGAGUGGAAGCUGGUAUUUUAUGUCGAGAAUUUCUGAUUGUUGUAAAUCAGGGGAGAAAGUGAUGAUAAGGGUGGAUGAAGGAGGAAUGGUAAGGAAUCGGAGUUUAAGACAUGGAGGAUCUGGGCACGGUGGGGAAGAUGGAGGAAGUAAGAAUCCAAAGGGAGGAAACCGAUCUCGCUUUAAGAACAGUAAUUCGGCGGCUGCUGUGACAUGUUCUUUUCUGAUCGUAUUGCUUGGGUUGUCUUCAAUCUUGUUCAACAUAUACUGA